UCAACCAGGAAGCUAGAGCACGCAGUGUGCGUUAGUAAACACUACAGUAAAUCAGAGAUUAAACGUUUUAAACACAAGUUUAAAGUCGGAGUCAGUCUGCUGUACGAGCCCAGGAAAGAAGUUUGUUUCCUUAAGUCACCGCUGGACUCUUGGCUGUUUUUAAUGUGCGGGUUUUCCGUGUGUUAAAGUUGCUACACGCUGUAAAGUUGCUGAGGACAUGGAGGUGAAGCAGGUGGAGAGGUGCUGCUGUGUGGUCAAGGUGUUUUCGGCAAAGAAACAGGUGAGCUGCAGCGGUGUUGUCGUCCAUCCUCAGAGUGGAACAGUGAUCUGCUCCGGGGUCCCGUUUUCACGUUUCAUCACCGACAAAGAGCUCCUCUGCCCGGACAGCAGCAGGGUCCUGUCACCCCACAGCUUCAGUCAAACACUUCAGAUCCUUGUCAGCUUUCCUCCUCCUGAGCUGGACAGCAGCAGCAGCAGACAGCCGCUUGCACAGGGAGGGUCACUCUCACCCUCCAGGAACAAAACAACAUGUAGUAAGCGGGAAGUUUCAGCCGAGUUGUUGAUGCUCGUGAACUGCCUGGAGUUCAAACAGGCUUUCAGGGCUGUUUUCCGAGAGGCUGACCAGUGGCGUUUCCAUGACGACGAAAAGGAUGAGGAGCUGAUGAGAGAUGCCCAGGUCCUCAGCUGGUUCGCCGUGCUCAAGGCAGACGGCGGCCCAAAUUCAGGGAGUAUGCCGUGGCAGAGCAGCUCUGCUCUCCAGAAGGGCCGCCCGGUCGUUGCAUGCGGUUCCCCUUUCGGUUCCCUCUGCUUGGAUCUCUUCAUGAGCACCCUCAGCAGAGGUAUCAUCAGUAACCUCGCCGGAGAGGACAAUGCUGUCAUUCUCACCGAUGCCCGGUGUUUGCCAGGCACAGAGGGCGGAGGUUUGUUUGUGGUGAACGGCUCGGACAACGUGCGUCUCAUUGGACUGAUUGUGUCUCCGUUCGGUUGGAAAGCGAAUGAGUGGAUAGGCCUCACUCUUGUCUGCUCCAUCCACUCCAUCUUCAGGAACAUCAUCCGCAGCUUGAACAUUCAAGAUCCGCUCAGAGAUGUUUGGCUCCAUUCAGGAGACGUUGUUCUCCACAUAUCCGCCACAGCCCACGAGUCAAAAGCUGUUAAAUACCCCACAGUGUGUCUUGUGGACAGUGGACAGCUCUGGGGCUCAGGGGUUGUUGUCACCUCUCAGCUGGUUGUAACCUGCCGGCACGUUGUCAACGGGAAGUUGAAGGUCACUCUGAAGUUCCAUCACAGGGACAGAGUCCGUGAUAUUGUUGGCGAUGUGCUGUUUUCCACCAAAGCAUCUUCACCGUAUGAUCUGGCUUUGGUGCAGCUCAGAGACUCCACCAUAGAGGCUGUUGUCCCUCGAAUGGCACAGAGUUUCAAUCCAGGUGAUUCUGUAGUUGUGGUGGGAUACGGUGGGUUGGGUAGGAGCUGUGGUCCAUCCUUGACCUGUGGUGUCCUCUCCAAAGCAAUAAGCUUGAAUGAGCAGCCUGUCAUGCUUCAGACCACUUGUGCGGUACAAGCAGGGGCCAGCGGAGGUGCUGUGGUGCGGAGAUGCUCGGGAGAGCUGCUGGGUAUUGUGUCCAGCAACACAAGGGAUUUGGCUGCCAAAGUGACCUACCCACACCUCAACUUUAGCAUCCCGGUGACUAUUUUCCAGGGACUUCUGCAGCGCUUUCACCAGACAAGGGAUGUAAAUGUGUUCAGUGUGUUGAACACCACAGAAGACGAAGUCAGACGGGUGUGGAGGCUACAUGGUGCUCAAAGCAAACUAUAACAGAGAUCCCCUUGCACCUACAGUAGAGGAAAAAGGUUGACUGUUAAAUUAAUAUAAACUGAAUGAAUGAAAUGCCUCAAAGUAUUACAAGCACAGGCAGAAAGUCAUGAAUAUGAAGGAUUAAAUGUAACUAAACCAAUAAUCGUUAAUUCAUGAGGAUGAUACCCAGAGUCAUGCAGUAAAUAAUGUGAAAUAUUUAAAAAGACUACUUAUUAACAGCCAUAAUUUAAGUUUUUUUUUUAAAGGGAAAGUUUUUCAGCCCUCAAAUAACUUUCGUGUCACACACACAAUAACAUAAAAGAACCUAUCGAGGCAGCGGUAUAGAGCCUGGCUUUGAAUACAGCAAUAUAAUAGCUGUUUUUGGUUAAACAAAAAAAGAUAUUGCUCUUUAAUAUAAAUCUCUGUUUGUGAUGAUCCUUUCCAUAAUAUUGUCAGACACUUUUAGUGCAUGUACAUUGACGGUGCCCCAAAGGCCUCUAAAUGCGGCCGAAUGCAGUGCUCUUGGUCAAUACUGGAUCAAUUUCAAGAAUAGUUGUCCCCAUUAGACACGGAAACAAGUUGAAAAUAGCAAAGUUCCUUUUUAAUACCAAUGCAGAUGUUUUAUUGUAGUUGAAUGUAAAUUAAUGUAAUUUAAUUAAUAAAAUUGUUUAUUCUGGUGA